AACUCGCCUGAUCGCGCUCUCGCAGCCGCGGCUUCUCUCGCGCUCCUGCCGGACUCGGGCACGUCCCCCCGGGCCGCCCGCCCGACGACUCCCGCCUCGCGCCGCUCGCGCUCGCACGCGCGCUCACACCCACGUUGCCCUUCGCCGCACGCGCUCACACUCAUUCUCGCGCGCUUGCCUCACUCACACACGCGCGUUCCCACUCGCGGGAGCGCUCCCACUUGCACGCGCGCUCCCACCGCCCCGUGCGCCCCCUCGCGCGCUCCCCCUGGCGCUCCGGAGCGCUAGCCUCGCAGAGGCGCAGGCACCGCAGGCGAGAGCGCCGAGGGGACCCACGGCCUCCCCAUGGCUGACCUGAGCUUCAUCGAAGAUUCCGUGCCCUUCCCGGAGAAGGAGGAGGAUGAGGAGGAAGAGGAGGAGGGUGUGGACUGGGGCUACGAGGAAGGUGUUGAGUGGGGCUUGGUGUUUCCGGACGCUAAUGGGGAGUACCAGUCUCCCAUUAACUUGAACUCAAGAGAAGCUCGAUACGACCCCUCGCUGCUGGAUGUCCGCCUCUCCCCGAAUUAUGUGGUCUGCCGGGACUGUGAGGUCGCCAACGAUGGGCACACCAUUCAGGUUAUCCUGAAGUCAAAAUCAGUUCUAUCCGGAGGUCCAUUGCCUCAAGGGCAUGAAUUUGAGCUGUAUGAAGUCAGAUUUCAUUGGGGAAGAGAAAACCAGCGUGGUUCUGAGCACACAGUUAAUUUCAAAGCUUUUCCCAUGGAGCUCCACCUGAUCCACUGGAACUCCACCUUGUUUGGCAGUAUUGAUGAGGCUGUGGGGAAGCCCCAUGGAAUCGCCAUCAUUGCCUUGUUUGUUCAGAUCGGAAAAGAACACGUAGGCCUGAAGACUGUAACUGAAAUCCUCCAGGAUAUUCAGUAUAAGGGGAAGUCCAAAACAAUACCCUGCUUUAAUCCUAACACUUUAUUACCAGACCCUCUGCUGCGCGAUUACUGGGUCUACGAAGGCUCUCUCACUAUUCCGCCCUGCAGUGAAGGUGUUACCUGGAUAUUAUUCCGAUACCCUCUAACGAUAUCCCAGCUACAGAUUGAAGAAUUUCGAAGGCUGAGGACACACGCAAAAGGGGCAGAGCUUGUGGAAGGCUGUGAUGGGAUUUUGGGAGACAAUUUUAGACCCACUCAGCCACUCAGUGACAGAGUCAUAAGAGCCGCGUUUCAGUAGCUGAAGAGAGCAGGAGCCGGUGCGUCUUCAUCUGGGAGGAAGACAAUGGUCCUAUAGUGCCCUUGGGUGAGAAACGGAAACUUUGAGCUGCAGCUUCGGUUUAUCCUCAAAGCCUGCGUUGUUUGUCUUCAUCUAAUCGAGCUUUGAUGGACAUCUGUGACAGUUGCCUGUACACGUGCUCUAAUGAAAUAUUAGAAAUGGCUGUAAAUUCAAAAGAAACCCCAUAUUACGUAUCCGUAUCACUGCUGCUAGUAUUCAUAUUUAGCACAUACUGUUCAUUGCUUAUGUGUAGAAGAAAUGAAACUAGUUUUCAGAGUUAUUAAUAUGAAUAUAUAUCAUGUAUUAAUACUGAGACAGGAAAAAUACAUUUCCAGCGUUCACAGUCCUUCAUUUCCUGUCUCCAACAGAAAAUCCACUCAUUCAGAAAAUAAUGUAAUUCUUGAUAAUAAAAUGAGAGUUUUGAUCAAGAACAGCAUACAGCUCCAAAAUGGAAUGUGAAGGAUUAGUAAAAAACAUAUCUCAUGUUACUUUGCAACCCUCAUACCACGGUUAAUGUCAGGGUGAUUUGUUAUAAAACAUGAUUUGGGAGUUAAUGUAAGAACAUAAUACUCACUUUAUAUAUUACUUUCUUAGUUAAAGGAUUUAAUUGAAUAUACGAAUCUAAUCAUACUUAUUUGACAUAUUAGAAGCUGAGGUUUCUAGGAAUUUGAGAAAGGUAUAAGAAAUAAAUAGGCUAAAGAGAAAGUGGAUACUUUAUUUUAUAGCUUUAUUUUCCAUGAUAGAAACAUAAAUUUAAUAGUAUCCUAUAAUAAUUUAGUGUUGUACAUUUUAUAGGACUUUAAAAUAUUUUAUUGAGAUCUUUGUUUUGAAGGUGAAUCAUAUACUUAUUUUAAUUAAUUUUAAGUGCUACUGGCAAAUUUAAGCAUAUGCUUAGAUGCAGUUAGAUGUGAUAGAAUGAGAUAAUUUAUGUAAAGCAGUAGAGUGCCUGGCACAAAGCAAGUACUUAAUAAUGUUAUUAGUUGUUGUUAGAAUUGUUGUAAAACUAAUGACUUCAAUAACAUAGACUCAAUUUUGAGGGAUUUUGUGAUGCAGAAUAUCUAAGUUAGAAAUAGAAAAUAAUACAGAUGGAAUAAUUAUGUGUUGAGAGAUUUUAGAUGUGUUGGAUAAAGGUUGUAAUAAUGAAAAGCAUUAAAUGCAAAUAAAAAAAUCAUACCAAGUA